UCUCUUCCUCCCUCCCCUUCUCUUCCUCCCUUCCCUCCUCCCCCGCUGUCCCAGUCUCCCCGCGCCUCCGUCGCCCGUUCUCUUUUGCUCUCCGCUCACUCCAUCUACAGCCUUCCCCUGCCUUCCAUCCUCCGAGCUGCUCCAGGGGUCGUCAGGAGAAACGGCUGCAAGAUGGAGUGAAGCUGCUGCUGCUGCUGCAGGGAGUCAUCAUCUUGGCACCAAGGAGAGAGGAGAAGCAGGAGGGUAGGGGCUGGCAUGGGCUCUACGGGUCACUCUGACACCGGUUAAUGGGAUGGGACUGCGAGAUUAAAGGGGAACACAUGGGAUUUCAACCGGCACAGCGAAAACGAGAAAAGAGAUUUCUCGCGUUAUCUUAUCUUGCUGACCCAGCCAGUACCCCUCUCCACAGUGCCUUGAUAUGGAUGGAGUCCUCUGCAGGAGAUCGCGAGCGCGAAUCUGUGAUGUGUGACACGGCGGUCGAGCGAGUGCAAACUUGAGAAUGAGAGAGAUCGGCGGGCAGACGGGCAGGCAGAGUGGACAGCGAGGCGCUCAGAGAAAGCAGCAAGCCAGCUAACUGGUCCUCUCAUCGGUCAGACAGUCCACUAGCCGGAUCAACUCAUCGGCCACCCAGGCAUCUAUCCAGCUCGCCAUCCAGACAACAAUUCAGGCCAGCCCGUCAUCUGCUCUGUUCUGCAUCCAGUUCGCCAUCCAAUCUGACUAGCUCUAUUCCAUUCGCAAUCCAGACGUCCAACCAGUAAUCCAGUCUCAGCGAGCUGUACAUACACUCGCCAUCCAAGCAUCUUUACAGCCAUCCACUCACCAUCGCAGCCGUCCCACCAGUUUAUUAUCCAUACAGUCCAUUCAUCCAUCCAGAAAUGCAUUCACGGCCAGCCAUCCUCCCAUCUUGUUGAAACGCCACCGGGCGCCCCGAGUUGAGAAGGCGGCUUUGCGAGCGUGAACAAGACAGGGGUAAGGGCUUGAGAGGGGGUGGGGCGGGGUAGCGGGGGCGUGGGUGCUCCAGCGGGGAGGCCAAGGAUGAACGCGCGAUCGGCCACCUAUUCCCUAUCAGCGACAGCGCCAGCGAAAUCCCUCGCCGGGCUCCGGGCCAGCUCGAGAUAAUUACCCGCGAUCAAUAUACCAGCACCAUAUCUCAAAAGUGGCUGGCCUGGGAACCCCCCCCCCCCCAAAAAAAAAAAUAUAAAUAAAUCAAGAUUUAUCUAAAGGAGGGAAAAAAGCGAGGCAUAGGCGAGCGUCGUAUAUGCACACAGAUUGGUACAGCCGCAUACAUACACUCACGUAAACACGUGCACACAGAGUUACAUACACCUAGACACACACCACGAACCGGGAGGGUCGGGCACGGACAGGCAGGAGAUACGCGCAAGGCUUCUGCUGCUGCAGCUGUAGCUCGCUUCGCCACGCGGGCGUCUGAACGGGAGAGGUAGGAGGAGGAGAGGGAUGAGUGGAGGGGAGUGCGCGCCCACGGGAUGAGAGGAGCAGCCGGAUUCAGUAGAGCAGAGCGAAGCGCAGCGCUCGGCGAGGAGCACUGAGAGCUCCGCGUGACAACAGCAGUGGAGCAAAGGUGGGGCCAAGGAAUCCAUAGCACGAGAAAGAACGAGGAGCGGUGAGCGGGGUAAGGGAACGCCACUCUCUGCUUUGUCAGUGCUGGAUAGCGACUUAAUGCAGCUGCUGCUGCUGGACAGCUGCUGAUGCUGCUGCUUGCUUCACAAGUCCCGUGCUAGCUCGACAGCAGCAGCAGCAGCAGCGUCACUACCGCUGGUAGCGAUCACUCUACUGCUGCAGGAGUGAACAAGCGACGGGAUGUUGCACACGCCGUAGCGGACUGAGAGGAGCGAGCGAGCGAGCGUUCGGGAUUGCGCUGCGGAGCGGAGGGAGCGAUGCUGGUGUCGAGCGGAGCGCAGACGCAGCCGCGCAUCUGCAUGUGACCACUCAAAGCAGGCGCGUGGACUGACAGCGCCAUGGCCCAGCCGCCGCUGGGGCCGCAGGAAACCCGGCUCCUGGCGCCGGCCGUGCUGGCGCUGCUGGCGCUGCUGCUGCACCAAGCGCCGGCGCUCUGCCCCCGCCGCUGCGUCUGUCAGAACCUGUCGCCUUCCAUGGCCACGCUGUGCGCCAAGAAGGGGCUCCUGGCCGUGCCGGCCACGGUGGACCGACGCACCGUGGAGCUUCGCCUCGCCGACAACUACAUCACGCGCCUGCGCCGACAGGACCUGGCCAACAUGAGCGGCAUGGUGGACCUGACGCUGUCGCGCAACGCCCUCGAGGAGGUCGAGGCCGGGUCCUUCGCCGACCUGCGCGUGCUACGCUCGCUCUACCUGGACGGGAACCGGCUGACGAACAUCAGCGCGGAAACCUUGCGCGGCCUCGCCAGCCUCCGCCUCCUCACCGUGAGCUUCAACCAGCUGGAUCACAUCGCCGAGGGCGCCUUCGACGACUUCCUGCUAUCCAUGGAGGACCUGGACCUCUCCUACAACAGCCUCGAGAAGGUGCCGUGGGAGGCCAUCCAGCGCAUGACCAACCUGCACGCCCUGGGCCUCGACCACAACCUGCUGGACCGCGUGGUGGCGGGCUCAUUCGCGCACCUCUACAAGCUCGCGCGUCUCGACCUCAGCUCCAACCGCCUGCGCACGGUGGCGCCCGAUCCGCUGUUCUCGAGGGCGCAGGGCGCCGGCGGGGGUCUCCUGGCGGUCAGCUUGGCCGGCAACCCGCUGCACUGCAACUGCGAGCUGCUGUGGCUGCGGCGGCAGGAGAGGCAGGACCUGCUGGAGACCUGCUCGUCGCCCGCGCACCUCGCGGGCCGCGCCUUCUGGGCCGUGGGCGAGGACGAGUUCGCGUGCGAGCCGCCGCUCAUCACGCACCACACGCCGCGCCUCGUCGUGCUGGAGGGCCAGCGAGCCACGCUGCGCUGCCGCGCCGUGGGCGACCCCGAGCCGCGCGUCCACUGGCUGGCGCCUGGCGGCCGCGUCGUCGGCGCCUCGGGCCGCGCCGUCGUGCACGCCAACGGCACGCUGGAGAUACUCUCGGCGUCGCCCAGGGAGGACGGCACCUUCACCUGCUUCGCCUCGAACGCCGCCGGCGAGGCCAUCGCCAACGUGGAGCUCAGCAUCAUUCACCUGCCGCGGCCUCCAAACGAGACCGGGUGGGCGCGCGAGCCCGACCCGGGCUCUUCCGACAUCGCCACGCCGAACAGGCCCUCGUCGUCCAUGGGGCCCGGCACCAACGCGAGCGACAACAAGGCGCACCACAAGCGGCGCGUGGCGGCCGUCGACGUGGCGGCCACCUCGGCGCUGGUGCGCUGGACGGCGUGGAAGGGGAUGCGCGGCGUGCGCAUGUACCAGGUGCAGUACAACGGCAGCGUCGACGACUCCUACGUGUACAGGAUGAUGUCUCCGGGGAGCAGCUCCUGCCUCAUCACGGGGCUGCUGCCGGGCGUCGGGUACCAGGUGUGCGUGCUCGCCAUCUACUACGACGGCACCAUCGUGCCCUCGGUGGCCGCCACGCGCCUGCUGGGCUGCGUCGACUUCGUGACGGAGGAGACCGGCGACGGCGACUCCUCGCUCUGCUCCUCCUCCUCCUCCAUCUCAUCCUCCAUGGCCAACGACGGCGCCGUCAUGCCGGGCCAGCUCCUCGGAGGCACCAUGGUCAUCAUCAUCGGAGGCAUCAUCGUUGCCUGCCUGCUCGUCUUCACCGUCAUCCUCGUCAUCGGCUACAAAGCCUGCGCCGCCAACGACGGCACCACCAAGACGUCGAGCCGGGCGAACGGCGCGGGGGGGACCGCGGCCGGCGGCACCUCGGGCGCCGCCGGCCCGGCCGACGGCUACUCCGCCGCGACCGCCGUGGCCGCGAGCCACCCCAACAGCAACAGCAGCAACAGCAACGGCAACAACGGCGGAGCGGCGGCCCCCGCGGGGCUGCCGGUGCAGGCCAGCUACGGCGACGUGGUGCGUGAGCUGAACCAGCUGAAGCUCGCCAAAGCGCCCGACCCAGCGUCCGACGUGAAGCCGGCCACGCUGCCCCGCGCGCCACGCACCGCGCGGCUCGGCGUCGAUCUGGGGGCCGAGUCGCCGCCGCCGCCGGCUGCUGCUGCUGCGACGGAACGCGCCACGCUGCCACGACGGCUCGCAGCGCACCGGCGGUCCGUAGCGUCGAUGCCGCAGCGCUCGGGGGACGUUUCUCCUCCGGCGGACAGCUCGACGCCUGCGGUGUGGCCGCGCGGGGUCGGGCGCAGGGCGACGCGCAGCCUGUCGUUCGACGGCGGCAGCUUCCCCCACGGAGUCCCCUCGCUCGGGCUGAGCGGCGCGGGGCAGCCCCGACGGGCGGGCGGCAUGUGGACCAAGCGAAGCAUGUCCGUCAACGGGAUGGUGCCCAGCGUUGAGGACGGGAAGUUGUCCGGACGCAAAGCCAUCUUCAGCAGCUCCGACUGGAUCCUCGAGAGCACUGUAUGAGCGCGGGGAAGCGGCGCUCGCAAAAAAAACGACCGCGGCGAGUGAUGGACGAACCUCCCCCCCCCCCGCUUUUGGGAAUACGUCAGCGGAGAUAACAAGAGCACAGGAAGGACACUGCGACAGCAAAUGUAACCAGAGAUUUAAAUAAAGCAAAACAAAAAAAGAUAAAAUAUAUUGUAAAAGUAUUUAAGGCUUCAGUGGCUCGCUCAGAUUUUUUUUUAAAGCAUGCACCAACUACGAAGCGCCUUUACCCCGGAGAGCGUGCGGCGUGUCUGGCCAUGAGUCGCCCCACCCACCCAGCGUCAACGCGCCCCGUUCCGGCCAUCGCAUCAACCUCGGCGCGUCGGGGAGUGGGUAUUGGCAGCGACCCGCGAAUAACCCCGUUUACAGAGCAGCAGAUGUAUGAUUUGCCCGUGGGCGCGACGGUAUGCAAGAGUGACUAGCGAGCGACUCGAGGUGGAGGUGGCUCCUGUAGCCUGCGCUGGCACUCCACUGUCCACCGCCCACGAGUUUCCGUGCCAGCGCCUCCUCCUCCUUCUUCUUCUGUGCAAUACGCGGAGCCGCGCAGAGCGAGCCCGAGUCCUUUGGAGCACCAGCGCGCAAAGAGGGCGGCUCUGCGCUUGGCCGGGCAGCACAUCGGCCUAAGCAGUUUCCUCGACAAGAGAAUGCAAAUAAAAUGAUAACGACGACGACGAUGAUGAUAACGACGAUGAUGAUUUAAAAAAAAAUGCAAAAUUUGUUGGCAAUGUACAACGGCCUGCAUAUAAACACAGCGGUUGUAAUUAACGGUCGAUGUUUUUUUUGUGUGUGUGGAUUCAUUCCGAUGUCACGCUCGUCGUUCGCAAGCGGCGACUCCUUGCCUGGUGGAUAGGGGGGUGGGUGGGGGGUUGGUGAGCUUGGGACCGUUGAUGCCCCUUAACGUUCUAUUUGUGUGAUUCCCGGAGGCAGCCCGCUACUUGCUUUUCAGCCUCACUACGAGCAUCGCUAAAUGGGAUGAGUUGAUCGACUACUUAAUUUAUAUUUUCAAUCUUACAGUUUACUCAAGUGCUAUAUAUUUAUCAACUGGCAAGAGGAGGGGAAGGAGCGGCUGUGAUUUCGUUUUGUAUACUCCUCCCGCGAACGUACAAUGUGCGAGUCAUUCAAUUGACCCUAUUGUGUUUCGGUAAAGAGAUGUGGACCCACUGCUGUGUACAUUAUGUCAACACGGGGCCAGGUGUACAUAUGGUGCUUUUUAAAAGUGGAUUAAUCAGUUCACGUGUGCGGUCAGUGCUUGAAUGUUGGUUCUUUUGGAGCGAUGGUGGUAACUUCCUUGGUGUACAAAGUGAAGUAAACUCGAUGUAAAUACUU